AUGGACGUUCGCCUGCGACCACCCGCUUCAGCAAGAAAACCCUCCGCCAUGGUCACGGGCGAAGCUGUCAAUCUCCUCUACCCCCACAACUUCCUCAAAGCCUCCGACUCACGCCCAGUACCUCUCUACAUCACCAACGGGCUAUUCUUUGCUCUCUUCUUCUCCGUCACCUACUUCUUGCUCCACAGCUGGCGCGACAAGAUCCGGCACUCGACCCCUUUGCACGUCGUGACGCUCCCAGAGAUCACCGCGAUUGCCUCUCUGAUCGCCUCGGUCAUAUACUUGCUUGGGUUCUUCGGGGUCAAGUUCGUCCCAUCUUUCGUGUCGUGCGGUGGCUUGAGGGACGCCUGGACCGUGGACGAGGACGACGUGGCUGCGGCGGAGGAACUUAUAGUCGUGAAAGAUAGUCGUUCCACACCUUGUGCUUCAGGAUUUCAAAGCUUCGUUUUACAAGCUAAUGAGGCUACAAAACCCUUAUUACCUCCAUCGCCAAAGAAGCUGUCUCGCCUAGCAUCGCCACCACUUCUCAACGAAGACGAUGAAAGCAUCAUCAACUCCGUCAUCUCCGGCUCAACCCCGUCGUACUCUCUCGAAUCCAAGCUUGGUGACUGCAAGCGGGCGGUGGCGAUCCGCCGUGAGGCCCUCCGGAGGACCACGGGAAAGUCCCUCGAGGGCCUCCCUAUUGAGGGCUUCGACUACGACUCGAUACUAGGCCAGUGCUGCGAGAUGCCUAUCGGGUACGUGCAGGUCCCAGUGGGAAUCGCCGGGCCUCUGCUGCUUGAUGGGAGGGAGUACAUGGUGCCGAUGGCUACGACGGAGGGCUGCUUGGUGGCGAGCAUGAACAGAGGGUGCAAGGCAAUCUAUUCCUCUGGCGGCGCCAUAGUGACGGUGCUGAGGGACGGGAUGACGAGAGCUCCGGUGGUGAGGUUCGCGACUGCGGCGAGAGCGGCUCAGCUGAAGGUGUUCCUGGAGGAUCCCGCGAAUUUUGAGACACUUGCGGUUGUUUUCAACAGGUCAAGCAGAUUUGCUAGACUGCAAGGGAUAAAAUGUGGAGUUGCAGGAAAGAACUUGUACGUCAGAUUUAGCUGCAGCACUGGAGAUGCCAUGGGCAUGAACAUGGCCUCCAAAGGCGUCCAAAACGUCCUCGAGUUCCUCCGACAAGACUUCUCCGACAUGGAUGUUAUUGCCAUUUCCGGGAACUUCUGCACCGAUAAGAAGCCAGCGGCGGUGAACUGGAUUGAGGGGCGGGGGAAGUCGGUGGUGUGCGAGGCGGUGAUAAAGGAGGAAGUGGUGGGGAAAGUGUUGAAGACCAGCGUGGCGGCGCUCGCGGAGCUCAACGUGCUCAAGAACCUGGCCGGGUCGGCGGUGGCCGGCGCAGUCGGCGGGUUCAACGCCCAAGCCAGCAACGUGGUCUCGGCGAUCUUCAUCGCCACUGGGCAAGAUCCCGCCCAGAAUGUGGAGAGCUCUCACUGCAUCACCAUGAUGGAAGCGGUGAACGAUGGCAGAGACCUCCACGUCUCUGUCACUAUGCCCUCGAUUGAGGUGGGUACGGUGGGAGGUGGGACCCAGCUGGCGUCCCAGUCAGCAUGUCUGAAUCUAUUGGGAGUGAAGGGGGCAAGCAGGGAUUCGCCGCCGGGGUCAAACUCGAGGGCCUUGGCCGCCAUUGUUGCAGGAGCUGUUCUUGCAGGAGAGCUCUCUCUCAUGUCUGCUCUGGCUGCUGGUCAACUCGUCGACAGCCACAUGAAGUACAACAGAUCUAGCAAAGAUCUCGCUGAGGUUGUCGCAGCUUAG